UUGACCUGGUAUUUCAGGAAACCCUAAAGAAAGAGAAAACUUGUUUCCAGCAAAGGUGGUGGUACCUUUCCAUUUCUGCAGCCAUUGAUAUCCCACUCUGUCUUUGUCUCUCAGCAAUCCAGAGCACACAGAGGUCAUUAAAAUUCAAUGAACUUGUAAUUAGGCUCUUGGUUGUCUCUGGAUCAGUUUUCCCAAAUUUCUGAUUUUGCAGCCUCAAAAAACAUCAAUCAGGUUCAGAAGACUGGAUUUUUAUUUCAUUUUUACUUUCAUUUGUGGAAUUAGUAUUUGGGGUCUUGGUGCUCUUAGUGCUUAUUUGUCAGAGUGGGUGGUUGUGAUUAUACCUUUUCAUAUUGGAAUUACUCGAGCUUCAAUUUUGGGGCCGUUUAGCUUCCUCUGGCUGUCAAACUGUUACAGUUGUAUUUGGUUAUAGAAUUGUGUGAUUAUACCUUGGAUUUCAUUAAAUUCAAAUUAAUUAUAAUCAUAUUGGGGCAGUUUCCUCAUUUUAUGAGAAAGGUUUUUGGUUAAAACAGAGCUUUCAGAACCCUUUGUUUUGGGGGGCUCUUUUUCUCUGUGGCUGUGUGUUGUUGAAAUAUCAAUGGGAAAGCCAACUGGGAAGAAGAAGGACCAUGAUGUGCAGAAGCCUGGGAAUGCUGCGAGUAAGCAGAGCAAAGCUGCGGAUCGAAACUCGAAAGCCUUGGAUGAAGACACUGCAAUCUUCAUCAACAUGUCCCAAGAGCUCAGAGAAGAAGGUAACAAGCUCUUCCAGAAGCGUGACAGUGAAGGCGCAAUGUUGAAGUAUGAGAAAGCGCUCAAACUACUGCCCAAGAACCAUAUUGAUGUUGCUCAUUUACAUAGUAACAUGGCUGCUUGUUAUAUGCAAAUGGGUCUCGGUGAGUAUCCUCGGGCAAUCAACGAAUGCAAUUUGGCAUUAGAGGUGUCACCGAGGUACAGUAAAGCGCUGCUGAGAAGGUCGAGGUGUUAUGAGGCUUUGAAUAGGUUGGAUUUGGCAUUGAGGGAUGUUAAUACCGUUUUGAGUAUGGAGCCGAACAAUCUAAAUGCAUUGGAGAUUUUGGAGAGCGUGAAGACGGUGAUGAGCGAAAAGGGGAUUGUUUUUGAUGAGAAAGAAAUUGGUAUUGCUAAUGUACAGCAGAUCCCUGCUGCUCGUUUUCGUAAAGUGGUGAAAGAGAAGCUAAAGAAGAAGAAGGGUAAGAGGGUUGAGGAGAAGACAGAGGACAAGGCUGUUGUGGAAGAAAAUGUGAGAGUUAUUAAGGACAAACAAUUGGUAACAAAGACUGUUGAGGAAGACAAAGCAGUCGUAAAGCAUGUUGAGGAAGAGAAACAAGUCAUGAAUCAUGUGGAAGAGAAGCAUAUUAAGGAGGAAACCAUAGUUACAAAGACAGUCAAGUUGGUGUUUGGAGAGGAUAUAAGAUGGGCACAGUUACCACUGAGUUGUAGCAUGAGGCUGGUCAGGGAGAUAGUUAGGGAUCGAUUUCCUGGCUUGAAGGGUGUUCUGGUGAAGUAUAGAGAUCAAGAGGGUGAUUUGGUUACAAUCACUACUACGGAUGAGUUGAGGUUGGCUGAGUCAUCAUGUGAUAUGAGGGGAUCACUUAGAUUUUUUAUAACAGAAGUCGGUGCUGAUCAAGAACCAAUUUAUGAGGGAUCAAGUGAAGAGGAAGUGCGUAAGGAAGAUCCAAAGCCAAGUAAUGUUGUUGAGAAUGGGGACAGUGGGAAUCAUACCGAAGUAGGAAAGGGGUCUACGACUUGUGUUGAGGACUGGAUUAUCCAGUUUGCAAGAUUGUUCAAGAACCAUGUUGGGUUCGAUUCUGAUUCAUACUUGGAUCUUCACGAACUUGGGGUGAAGCUAUACUCGGAGGCAAUGGAGGACACUGUAACACUUGAUGAUGCUCAAGAACUUUUUGACAUUGCUGCAAUUAAAUUCCAAGAGAUGGCGGCUUUGGCAUUGUUCAAUUGGGGAAAUGUCCACAUGUCUAAGGCAAGGAAGCGGGCAUCCUUGCCAGAAGAUGCUUCAAGGGAAACCGUUAUUGAACAGAUUAAGGCUGUAUAUGAAUGGGCACAGAAAGAGUAUAAGAAGGCAGAGAGUAGGUAUGAAGAAGCUGUGAAAAUAAAGCCAGACUUCUACGAAGGUUAUCUUGCACUCGGCCAACAACAGUUUGAACAAGCAAAGCUUUCUUGGUACUAUGCGAUUGGAAGCAAGAUUGAGUUGCAAACUGAGCCUUCUUCAGAGGUGCUUCAGCUUUAUAACAAGGCUGAGGACAGCAUGGACAAGGGAAUGCUAUUGUGGGAGGAGAUGGAAGAGCGGCGUCUAAAUGGACUCUCCAAAGAAGAUAAGUAUAAAGCCCAAUUGCAGAAAAUGGGAUUGGAUGGCCUAUUUGAGGAGGUGUCUGCUGAUGAAGCUGCAGAACAAGCUGCAAAUAUGAAGUCACAAAUAUACCUCCUGUGGGGAACCUUGCUGUAUGAGCGUUCUGUUGUAGAAUAUAAGCUAGAGCUACCAACUUGGGAGGAAUGUUUAGAAGUUGCCAUUGAGAAGUUUGAACUUUGUGGAGCGUCUCCAACAGAUAUAGCUGUGAUGAUAAAGAAUCAUUGUUCCAAUGAAACUGCAGUGGAAGGUAUGGGGUUCAAAAUUGAUGAGAUAAUACAGGCGUGGAAUGAAAUGUAUGAUGCUAAGAGGUGGCAGUUUGGUGUUCCCUCUUUCCGGCUUGAACCACUGUUGCGUCGGCGCGUCCCAAAACUUCAUUCUAUCUUGGAGCAUGCUUGAAUUCUUUUUGUUUCAUUGUUAGUUGGGUGUUCUUUGGAGGCUUUGACAGUUUUCCUUAUUCAAAAGUUUGCAGGCUGCAUGGCUGCACAGGUAUUUUAGUUUUUGUCAAUGGACUGUUGUGUGCAUCUUCUUGUUUGCUUUGGGAGCAACAAAGGUUUGUGUAGUGUUUGAAUUUGAUUAUUUGGUGUGGGAGAUUGGCUUGCAAAACCAGUCCCAUAUCACUUGUUUUAUUUAUUGGAGAUUCUUUAGAGAGCAAUUAUUCACUAUUGGGGUAUAGGGUAUAGGAUUGGAUUGGAUUUGUUCAUUCAAAGAAUAAGCUGUGGCAACAAUAUUUUGGUUGUUACUUGCCUGCUUAGUCCAGGUUUGUUAUACAUCAUAGAUUGUUUAUUUGUAAGUUGUAAUGAUUUGUUGUGGUUGUACAAUAGCAGAGAAUGCUAUUUUCCCUUUACAUGA